UGUGCGUGUGUGUAUUAGGAAUUCUUUGUGUUAGUCCGGACCGUGAAAUACAGAUCAUGGUCUUUCUGUUUUACCAGAAGGACCCAAUAUGGGCUGUCCUGCUGCUAUUUAAAACAAUUGUUAGCUGCAAUCUAUAUCUGUCUCUCCCAUUUUCUUCCCCUGUCCAUCCCUUUUACAGAUAUAGGGUGUAUGGAGCUCGUGCAGGAGUGUACAGGAAGUGGCAUCAUAGCUCUGCUUUGGACCAGUAGCCCUCGUGAGACGUCGCCCUCAUGUGGAGCUAGACUGGUAUCUAUGACUGGUAUCUAUGAUUGGUAUCUAGACUGGUAUCUAUGACUGGUAUCUAUGACUGGUCAGCUGUCCGUUAUCCACACUCUUGGAUUUCAUCAUCAUUCCAUGGCCAUCAUUUUCCGCUGGUCCGUGGUAGUUUGACCAUCUCCAGGAUAACGAGACACAUAGGAUCCGACAGAUAUCUACUAUCGCACUGUGUGGCUAAAAGCAUUAUGGGAAAUAUAGUAAAUUGCUGUCAGACGCUUAGGCGCUACAUUCAGCAUAAACAGGAAGAGCAGGAAGUGGAAGAGGAGAGAUCUCCCCUGCUAUCAAAGGAGGGGAGCGAGUGCGACUCUCCGACCCCACCAGACCUGGACAAUGAUCUGAAAGUACUGAUGACAAACUCCGUCCUAGAGAGAGACCACUUCCUGUUCCCAGACAUUGUUUUGAGCAGCAACAUAGGAGUUGGCAUGGCAACGAUGGGACCAACAGAGUAUCUCCUGGUGAUGGAUGGAGAGGAGGAAAACAGACGAAGGGAGUACGACAGAAGGGAUGAUGGGACAGCCAAAAGACCAGAGGGGGAGGUUAAGAGAAGGCAACAACUAUGCGCUACUGCUCAGACACAGACAGAUGCAGAGACUCAAGUGUGGAUGGAGGUACAGACACAGACAGAAGUACAGACAGUGGAGACACAGACAAGGACAGAGACAGACCAUUACAUAGUUAUACAAACAGAAAAACAGACAGGAGUACAGACACAAUCCCAGAGAGAUAUGCUGGCAGUGAAACUGACAGACACUGAGUUAUGGACAGACAUUGAAAUCCAGACAAAGACUAAAAUACUGACAGAAAUACAGACACAGACAGAACAGAACCCUGGACAGAUGGAACAAAGUACAGUCGCAAUGGAAUUCAGCAACAUCAAAAUGGAACAUUACAGCGGACAGACAGAACAGAUCACCGUCUGCAUGGAACAAAACACUGUCCAGACCGAACAGUACAUUGACCAGCCUGAACAGAACACCAUCCAGAUGGAAUAUAACACUUUCCUAACAGAACAGAUCAAUAGAGAGACAGAACACAACAUUGAACACAAAGUUCUGUAUGUAAACCUGACAACAAACAGCAGUACUCAGUCAAAACAGACCACCGACCAGGUACAAUGUCCUGCAAAGACAGAACAGAACUCAGUCCCAACAGAACAGAAGAAUAAUCAAACAGAACAGAAUGAAGACGAGAAAGAACUAAAUUUAGACAAGACAAAAAAGCUGACAAAGAAUGAUUUGGAUAUUAAGAAGAUAGAAGAGAGUCCAGGCCAGAUAGACCUGAAUGCUGUGCAGGCAGAGCGGAAGGUUGACCCGGUUGAAAAGGAAGAGCUGGGGUCUGAGAAAGAGGAGAUUGGAGAUCAAAGGGCAGAGUUGGCUGUGUUACAGGUGGAGAAGGACGAGGCCCGGGUGGAGGGCGGCGUGGCCAAGGCGGAUCAAAGGGCAGAGCUGGCUGUGAUACAGGUGGAGAAGGACGAGGCCCGGGUGGAGGAGGGCGUGGCCAAGGUGGAUCCAGGUGUGGAACAAAGGGAACUGGCAUUUGUCCAGCUGGAAGAUGGAAUGAAACAGAAGAACGUGACUCUAUUUGUGGUGGACAAGCUUUUCCUGGCUCCUCCACACUUACCAGUAGGGCACCCCAGUCUCAGCCAGAAGGUGGAGGACAAGGCGGAGGAGGAGGGGCCUGGGGCAGAUCAGGUGGAGACGCUCAGCCUCCAGGAAGUGAUCAAUCGUCAGGAAGCGGGGUUUACUGUCAGAAUCCAAGCACCUGGAUCAGAGACCUUCAAACUGCAGGUGUCCGUUCAGAUGUUGGUGGCAGAACUGCAGCAGGUGUUGAUGGACCAUGAAGUGACUUGCCACCGCACCUGUUUCUCCCUGCAGUUAGACGGCAAGGCACUGGACAGCCUCACAGAGCUACAAUCCGUCCAGGACCUGCAAGAGGGGGCACUCAUUAGGGUUGUGGAGGAACCAUAUACAGUCCGUGAUGCCCGUCUCCACCUGAGACACGUUCGCAAUCUACUAAAGAGUCUGGACCCUACCGAUGCCCACAAUGGAGUCAACGGCAGCUCGCUGUCAUACCUCAGCCUCUACAUACAGGGAGACAUGGAGAAUGUUGGUGGUAAAGGGAGGAGCGGAGAGAGAGAGUCAGUCAACCUCACCCCUCCUGACUAUAUCCUCCCUGGGAGUAAGGACAGACCACUCAUACCUCUGCAGCCAAUGAGAGAAGACUGGAAGCCGUGGCAAUGCCUGCGGAUCCUGACGGUGAGCAGCUGGAACCCUCCGCCAGGGAACAGGAAGAUGCACGGAGACUUGAUGUACCUUAACGCUGUUACUCUGGAGGACAGGGACCUCAGCAUCACUGCCUCAACACGCGGAUUCUACCUUAACCAGUCAACAGCCUUCAACUUCAACCCCAAGCCUGCAACUCCUAAGAUCCUUUGCCAUUCGCUGGUGGACCUUCUGUGUCAGGUUAGCCCUGCUUUCAAGAAGAACUUCAGCACUUUGCAGAAGAAGAGGGUACUGCGACACCCCUAUGAGAGGAUAGCCACACCCUUCCAAGUGUACUGCUGGACCGCCCCUUUGAGAGACCACGCCCUUGACUGUAUCAGAGCCGAAGAGACACACACCAGCCGCAUGGGUCAGGAUGAACAAACACCCGGACAGAAUCGGGAUUGGAAUGAUGAACUGCAGUCGAGUAGGGAACUCCCCAGGCGGAACCUUCCGGAGCGUCUACACAGAGAGAGGAUGCUAUUCAAGACCAACAGCGACUUUGUUGCUGCUGCGACUCUGGGUGCCAUUGCGUGCGUGGACGGAAACAUCAUGCCGAUAAACCCAGGGGAGGAUCCUCGUAGUCAGAUGUUCAUCUGGAGCAACCUCUUCUUCAGUCUGGGCUUCGACGUGCGGGACCACUACCGCCCUCUGGGGGGCGACCACGCAGCACACACCGCCGCCACCUGUGACCUCAGAGGGGUGCAGGCUUAUGCUAGGCUAGACACAGAGGGGCUAUACACUGGAACAGCCAUUGUGGAUUACCGUGGUUACAGGGUGACAGCUCAGACAAUUGUUCCAGGAAUCCUGGAAAAGGAGCAGGAACAGAGUGUUGUCUAUGGAUCUAUAGACUAUGGAAAGACUGUGCUCACACACACCAGAUUUUUGGAGCUGCUGGAAAGAACCUGUGAACCGUUGAGAAUUCAACGACACCUGGUUCUCGACCACACCCACCUACCCAUAGAACUUUGUUCCUCCACCCAGACCAAGGGCAUUGUGGGUAACGACGGGCGACAUUAUAUCAUGGACCUGCUGCGCUCAUUCCCUCCAGACCUCAACUUUCUAUUCACAGAGGAUAGGGAGGAGCUUUCUGAGGAGGGAGGGCAGCUCCUUGGUUACCCGCGACAACAUCGACACGGUCUGGCCACUCUAAGGCCUGAGCUGCUGGAGGCCUUUGUACAGUACAGAUAUGAGCUCUUUCUAAAGAUGGUCUCAUCAGGUUUGAAGAAACAGGAAAGAGACCCAGAGACCCAGGAAGAUAUAGGGGAUGAAGAACUGAGCCUGACAAUAGCGCCAGGCACACAGAAGGCUAAAGAUGGCGUGGUAGCUGGAGGCUCCCAUGAUCUCCUCCGUAGAGAUGUUUUGUCAGAGGCCUGUAAGACUGCUGGCUCAAUAAAUGACUCCUGCUUUGACAUCCGGUUUAAUCCUGACAUCUGCUCUCCAGAGGUGCGUUUCCCAACAGAGUGUUCUGAGGAGGUUGAAAAACAGAGACAACUGUUAAAGGAUGCUGCUGUCUUCCUGCUGGCAAAUCAGAUCCCUGCAGUGCUGAGAGACUGUCUGGACCACACAGCCCUGCCCAUGGACGGAAUAAGCCUGACCUGGGUGCUUCACCAACGGGGUGUGAAUGUACGGUACCUGGGCACACUGCUGGAGGUACUGGAAAACACAGUGGAGAGAGAGAGACUUAGUCACCUACAGAGAGUGGCCGUCAGUGAAGUGAUUACCAGGUGCGCCAAACACAUCUUCAGAACCUAUUUGCAGGCAGUGGAGCCCUCUGCUCUCUCUGCUGCGGUCAGUCACUUCCUGAACUGCUUCCUUGGCCCCUCCUCCCCCCUUUCUGACUCCGCCUCCUUCUUGCCACCCGAUGAGCUGUUGACCCGCAAGAGGAGCCGGCGACGCCGUAGCCAUGGAAACCGCGUCUCCAUGGUGUCAGAGUCCACCUGGGCCAAGCUGACCCCCAGUGACCUCUGGUGCCUUGUCAGGACCGAGGCUCGGCAGUACUUCCAAUACACUCUACACUGUGACAGCAUAGAUGAGGCAGUAGAGCAAUUCGGUCUACAGAAGAUCUCCCUCCUGAGAGAGAUGGCCGUUAAGACAGGCAUCCAGGUUCAGCUGAGGGAGUAUGUUUUUGAGUCCCGUCACAAGCCAGUGUUUGGGGAGGAGGAUGUGGUCAACAUGUUCCCGGUGGUAAAACACCUCUGCCUGACCACCUCAGAUGCCACACAGCUUAUACAGCACUCACAGGCUGCCAUACAGCAGGGUCUCCUGAAGGAAGGUUAUGAAUUGAUAAGUCAGGCCCUUACCCUGUUCAGCAGUGUGUGUGGUGUCCUGCACCAGGACGUGUGUGUGUGUCUGCGUCUACUGGGAAGACUCUGCUACAUCAUGGGGGACUACAGGGAGGCUCUAAGUCACCAAGAGAAGGCAGUGUUGCUCAGUGAGAGAGUGUUGGGGAUUGAGCACCAUCAAACCAUUGAGGAAUAUACUCACCUUUCUCUGUACUGCUUCGCUGGUGGUCAGCCAACCACGUCUCUGCAUCUGCUGUACAGAGCUCGCUACCUCACACUCCUGGUCAACGGGGAGGACCACCCGCAAGUGGCGCUGCUGGACUGCAUGUUGGGUCUGGUGCUCUAUGGACUGCUGGAUUAUGACCUUUCUCUGAAGUUCCUGCUUAAUGCCCUCACCUUAUCCUCCAAAUACCAUGGCCCUGCAUCCCUUAAAUGCGCACACAGUAAUCACCUGUUGGCCUUGGUGUACGAGAGGAAGGGAGAGUUCCGUUCAGCUCUACAGCACGAGAAGCAGGCCUACUCCAUAUACAGGGACCAGGUGGGGCAGAACCAUGAGAGUGCCAGGGAGAGCUCAGAGUACCUGAAGAGUCUGACCCAGCAAGCUGUGACCCUGCAGAGAGCUCUGAACCGCAUAUAUGGCGUCGGCGGUUCCAGCGCCUCCCUCACGCCACUCACAGCACACUUAUGUCAGUUCCCUGCUCCCAGCAUACCCAUGAUUCUUCAGCAGCUCAACCUAACCUGUGGGAUCAUCCUGGUACCUCUCAGGAAAGUGGGCAUACCCAGGAUUAACAAUGCAAGCGGCCUCAUCACCAAGGACCUUGAGGAUCUGAAGGCUCAGAUACAGGGGAGGGGCCAGGCUCAGAUUCAAGAACUGGAGAACCAGCUACUAGGACAUAAGGACACAACACCGAUAGAGUAACAGAUAACAACAAUCUUUUAUUCUCUGGAGGUUUUACCACUGAUUCAACAUGUGGACCUCUGUAAAGAUGUAUUAGUAAAUCACGGACACGUAAGACCUUAUAUUUGUCAGACUAAAAUUUGGAUAAUAGGUCAGCAAAGAGUGAAACAGACGUCAUGUGUCCUUUUACCAUUGAUGAAUUAAAAAAAAAAUAAUACUGAAUAAGGACCUUACUGAUUCAACAUGAACUGCAGCCUUGUAGUGCAGCUGAGCCGUAUCCAACUGUGACUAUAGAGACACCUGGGGUGUGUCCCAAUGCGUUUAGUGUUUCCUUUCCUUAUUACCUUGUGUCUUUGAUUCCUAACAUCUUACCUCUGAUCUGAAAGCACUCUGAAAGAAUUAGAUUUAGUUAAGACUGUAUGAAUGAAUGUUGAUCAAAAUAAGAAGGCAUGCCUCAUGAACACAUAACAAGGAAAUGUUUAACAAGAUAAAGCUGAAAAGACACUCUUCAAUCUCUGAACUAUAACAGGCAUGAUUACAUCUUGAUACACAUGUAUUUAGUUUUACCAAGAAGCCCGAAAACAAAACUGAUCCCUUGUGAUGAAAAACCAACACACACAAAGGGCUUAUGCAUAAAUACAUUAAAAGGCUGACUUUGGUCAAAAAAUGCAAAGAAACAGUCUGCAUACCAUGUCAUUAAACUAAAAUCUGCCAAGAUGACUUUCAUUGUGAGGUUUUGUAUAUCCUUUUAAUAAAACAAAUAAAAAAGGAAUGCAUUCUCCAGAGUGCAAUUAAUUAAGGCAAACCAUAAACCCCAGACAGUGCCCCCCAAACCCCAGACAGUGCAUGCCAAUUUGAUCAGACUCCAUGGAACCCUGGGCUAAUACGUGAACAGUAUUCAAACCCUGGUCUUGCAAUGACAAAACUAACUGUGAGGCAGUGACUUACCAGUGAGCCAUUCAGGGCACUAAAUAUACAUUUUCUUUAAUGAUUUUUUUUUACAAUCUGUUCAGAAAUAAGUUAAUUUACCUUUCUUUGGGGCAAUGCCUGUUUGCAGAGCUGAAGGAAAAUAAAAUUAGAAGACUAUAUUAUGAAAAUAAAAUGUUUUCCAUGAGUAACAUUGGACUCAUUGCAACCAUUUUCAAGCCUUAACACCUACUUGUUUCUUGACUUCAGUAUAAACUGAUCCUGCGAUACCGCAUACAACCACUAGGAGGCAUUCGUUUCAUGCAUUUCUAU